AUGUAAUGGGGAAAUUAAUACAAAAAAUGUGUCAAAUAAAAAUCGAGAUAAAUUUUCACUUAAUGUUAUUUUGUACUCAAUUGAGAAUAUUUAAAAUUGAGGUUUCAUCUUGGAGGGACCCAAUUGCAAUCAGGAAGUAAAUGUGGGACUAAAAUAUAAAUGGAGGAACCCUAUGAAUUGAGGCGCCAAUUUUACCCCUUACAAUUAGAUCUUCAUCAAUCGCACCUUCGCCACGCAUAAGCUCAAGCUUUCUGCCUUCUCAGAUCUCGAAUUACCUAGCUCUAUUGAGGAAGUUUCGCCGAAAAAGGGCAAGGGAACAUAUGGAUUGAAGGGCGAGUCUUACCCCUUCAAUCGCACCUUCGCGGCAAAUGAGCUCAAGCUUUCUGCCUUCUCUAAUCUCGGAUUACCCAUCGCUAUUGAGGAAGCUUCGUGGAAAAACGGCAAGGCUCGGUAUAGAAAAGAGGCAAAAGCUUAGACUAGGGGGAACAGGUUUCUCUUGUUCGGAGGAGGCUGGGGAUUUCGAGUGAUUCUGGCUUUUGUAAGUAACUUUCAAUUUCAAUAAAAAUCUCGAAUUUUCAGUCCAUUCUUACUUAGAUUUUCAAUUUUUUUUUAGUCUGAAGACAUGACUAGGACAGCGAACCCAAUAUUUUUUUUGACUUAAGAGUCCAUGGCGUGGGUUUUUUUCGUUUUGAGUACUUGGGAAAUUUUUAAGAUGGACUUAGUAGUACCUCAGAAUAGAAUAUAAGAUUACCA